CGCAGCACACGAUCUAGUAGCUAGCUAGCUGCACCGCAGCAACAAGGGGGGUACUUCGUGUCGAUCAGGAGGUGAAGCAAGCGCUGGCCAUCGCCAGCAUGGCGGACCGGGCGCCGACGACCCUGACGGCGGCGCUGGCGCUCGGGCUCGUGCUCGUGCUCCUGUGCGCCGCAGCCGGCCCGGCCGCCGCGCAGAACUGCGGCUGCCAGGAGGGCUACUGCUGCAGCAAGUACGGCUACUGCGGCCUGGGCGACCCCUACUGUGGCGAGGGGUGCCGGUCGGGCCCUUGCAAGGGUAGUAGUGGCAGCAGCAGCGGCGGCAGCGGCGCGGACGUUGGUAGCGUCGUCACCGAUGCGUUCUUCAACGGCAUCAAGUCCCAGGCCGGGGGCGGGUGCGAGGGCAGCAGCUUCUACUCGCGGGACGCGUUCCUGAACGCCGCCGGCGCGUACGCCGACUUCGCGCACGGCGGCUCGGCGGACGACGGCAAGCGCGAGAUCGCCGCCUUCUUCGCGCACGUCACCCACGAGACCGGACAUUUCUGCUACAUCAGCGAGAUCAACAAGGACAACAGCUACUGCAACGCGAGCAAGACGCAGUGGCCGUGCGCGGAGGGGAAGAAGUACUACGGGCGCGGCCCGCUGCAGAUCUCGUGGAACUACAACUACGGGCCCGCCGGGAGGGACAUCGGCUUCGACGGGCUCGGGAACCCGGGCGCGGUGGCGCAGGACCCCGUGAUCGCGUUCAAGGCGGCGCUCUGGUUCUGGAUGAACAACGUGCACGGGGUGAUGCCGCAGGGGUUCGGCGCCACCACCAGGGCCAUCAACGGCGCCCUCGAGUGCAACGGGGACAACCCCGACAAGAUGAACGCGAGGGUGGGCUACUACAGGCAGUACUGCCAGCAGCUCGGCGUCGACCCGGGGAGCAACCUCACCUGCUAAGGUGUUUGCAUUGCUUGGGUUCAUGGAUGCAUGCUUGGCUUGAGAAGUAAGUAAGGAAUAAGGAAUACUUGGUAUUCAUACACUCUUAGUGGGUGCAGUUGUCGUCGCCGGCCUGUGAUGGAACCCGGAGUGUAACAAGUACACAUACUAGUAGUUGUAAGAAUAAUGCAGGGGAUGGGCCUGCUAAUUCGACCUGAAUAAUUAACGAAGCAGUUUGUAAUGUAGCAUGCA